AUGGCAGAGAAAGAGCAAUCAUCGGAACCACCGCCGUCACUUCCCGAAGACGUCAUCGUUGACAUCUUAGCGCGUGUACCGAGAUGCAACUAUCCAACACUCUCCCUCGUUUCAAAACACUUCCGGUCUCUCGUUGCGUCCCGUGAGAUAUACGCGAGACGAUCCUUAUUAGGCUGCACCGAACACUGUCUCUAUGUUGUCCUCUCUAACAGGAAACGCUACGUCGCGAUGGGCUCGAAGAUAUAUGUGUUCAACAAUAUGACAUCAUUAAGCAUCGACUGUAUAUCUCACACAGCGCAACCCCUCCCGAGCAUGCCUGUGGUCAUGGAUGUUACGAACGCUGACAUCAUCGACGGGAGAAUCUACGUGAUUGGGUAUAUUGGGAUUUCAAUCAAGAAGGUGAUGGUUGUGUUCAAUACAGAAACACAAACAUGGGAGCCUGAGACGAUAAAGAUUGACACUGAGGUUGACAUGUGGACGUGUGAAUGUGUGGUGAUGGGUGGUAAGAUGUACUUUAGGGAUAAUGAGAAUAGCUUGUUUACGAGCCAAAGGGAAGUAAAUGGGAAACAGACGAGAUGGUGA